CAGAAGUCGCGACGAAAAUCUCAGUAUUUAAAACAAACGUGCCUAAACAAAUAGAGAUAAUCAUUCAGAUAUAAUGCAAAAAGACAAAAGAGAGUUGAAUUAAAUCACGUGGAAAACAAGGAACACGACAAAGCAGAACAGUCUCACUAUUCCCGCGUUAGCCACUCAAUACAAUCCGCCACGUGUCCCAUCUUCACGCGCCAGUCAGCGUUGAUCUUCUUCCUCACUUGCCACUUCCACUUCUUCAUAUAUAAAUCCCACACAGCCGCAAAUUCGAAAUCAACCAGAUAUAACAGAAUUAACCUACACAACUGAAACUCGAGUUAAGAACCGGAAACAGAAUCCAAUUCAACCAAACCGAAUCGAACCGAACCGGAGUUUUUAUCCAAUGGUGAAGCAAGCGAUGAAGGAAGAGGAGAAGAAGAGAAACACGGCGAUGCAGUCAAAGUACAAAGGAGUGAGGAAGAGGAAAUGGGGAAAAUGGGUAUCGGAGAUCAGACUUCCACACAGCAGAGAACGAAUUUGGUUAGGCUCUUACGACACUCCCGAGAAGGCGGCGCGUGCUUUCGACGCCGCUCAAUUUUGUCUCCGCGGCGGCGAUGCUAAUUUCAAUUUCCCUAAUAAUCCACCGUCGAUCUCCGUAGAAAAGUCGUUGACGCCUCCGGAGAUUCAGGAAGCUGCUGCUAGAUUCGCUAACACAUUCCAAGACAUUGUCAAGGGAGAAGAAGAAUCGGGUUUAGUACCCGGAUCCGAGAUCCGACCAGAGUCUCCUUCUACAUCUGCAUCUGUUGCUACAUCGACGGUGGAUUAUGAUUUUUCGUUUUUGGAUUUGCUUCCGAUGAAUUUCGGGUUUGAUUCCUUCUCCGACGACUUCUCUGGCUUCUCCGGUGGUGAUCGAUUUACAGAGAUUUUACCCAUCGAAGAUUACGGAGGAGAGAGUUUAUUAGAUGAAUCUUUGAUUCUUUGGGAUUUUUGAAUUCCCAAACAUAAUAUUUUUUUAGAGCGAACUGUGAGAUUUUCCUUGGAGUCAUGGAGAAAUCUGGAGAUUUUUUGUAACACGGAGCUCCAAUGACCCGGGAAUUUCUUUCGUUUCGGAUCCGAAUUUGAUGUGGAUCAUAUUCACACCUAUAUUUUUUCAUUUUUUUGUUGUAAAGAAAAAUCGGAUAAGAUUCUAGUAAUAAAUGUUAAAAGUCCAUUUCAUUAUUCUG